GAAUCUUGUGUGAGUUAUUAUCGUGUCGAACAACUACGGCGUCCUAAGGCAGUCUGCACUAAACUUUGUGCGAGAUUUAUUGUGUUGUAUUGCAUUGCGCUGUCUUUCAUGUAGGAUCCGUAAUCUAACCUAACCAGCCCUUGAUGUAAGCACCCUACUUCUUCAUAUCUGGCAACUUACUUACCAACUUCGUGAGCGCACUUACCUCUCUUCUGUGUCGCUAAAUACCUAGUACUAAUUAUCUGAGAUCAAAUUUUCUGUGUCUACACAAACUCAUAGCACCAGGGUCCACCGCAUUUGCGGGUAGUAAAAAAGCUACGCUGUAUACUAUUCGUCACUGCUAGUAGUUGUACAACUUCGUAGUUUUACUUUUAUCGCCCUUUACUACAACUUCGUACUUUUACUUUUAAUAUCGUCCAGUCGUGGAGGUCUUCUUGUGCUCACCCUCACUCGUAGUUCCUAAAAAGAUGUCGCAGCAAGGUACCGUGAAGUGGUUUUCGGAAAAGGGCUUUGGGUUCAUCCAACCAGCAACUGGAGGAGAGGAUUUGUUUGUUCACUUUUUAAGGCUUCUUCUACUCAAAAGUAAUGAUGUUCAGUAGGUUUUUGCUUCGAGUCCAACGACAUCGCCAGCUUUCUUGUGCUAUGAAAAUUACGCAUCAACAAGGACAUCCAAUGAAUCCCCCAAAACUGAAACUGAAACUUGUUCAUAAGCCCCAAAACUGAAACUUGUUCUUAGUGACUAGCCGCGCGCUUUUCUUCUCCUCUACUUCUCCGUUCUCUCAAGCACUUAUCUCACGCUUGUUACCACGUUAUUUAUCCUCCUUCUGCACCUCCCACGCUCUUCUAAUUUUCUCUUCCAUCAACAAAGACGGUUUCAAAAGCCUCAACGAAGGUGAGACGGUCUUUUAUGAUACCUUCUGGGAUGAGCAGAAGCAGAAAACCUCAGCCGUGAACGUGACGGGAAACGGUGAUGGCAUUCCGCGCCAGAAAGGAAAGGGCAAGGGCAAGGGAAAGGGCUUCGACAAGGGCUUCGGCGGAAAGGUUAUGCUUCUUCACAUCAAGUUAUAUAGAAAUACCCAAGUAUAGAUAAAUAGAUACUUACGUUAUACUAGAAAACUAGAAAACGACAUAAGGGUUAGGGUGCAGUAAAUGAAGUGGUGGACUCUCUAACUCAAGUGGUGGAUUCGGUGACUUCGGUGGAAAAGGUGGCUUCGGUGGAGGCUAUGAUGGCGGCAAGGGAUUCGGUGGACCACCGCAGGGAUACUGGUAAAGAGGACAAGAGGUUCAAGGAUAGGGAUACUGGUAAAGAGGACAAGAGGUUCAAGGAUAGGGAUACUGGUAAAGAGGAGAGGACACGAUCCUCAAGGAUGGAGAGGCUAUGGCGACGGGUGACUCUGCUGACGCAGGUACUUCUAAAAUUGAUCGAUCUCGUUUGCAACACCUCUUUUUAGGCACAUUCAUUCAUUCAUUCAUUCAUUACAACUUAUAUUUCUUUGACUUUGACCGCUCUAGUAGUCGUUUCUUUAACUUCUCUAAGUCUAACUUCAUCUAGCAACUAGUGAUCCAUUUAGCGAAUCACGUGCUCCUGCGCUCUAAGUCGCCAAACAUAUUUGUGUAAGUGCACCACCGUUCCCUUGUUCUUUUAGAUUUGCUAUUCCUAAUAUGAUCAUCUGCUCAGGGACAACUCGAUGAAGAAGAGGAUGUUGAAGCUUGAUUUUGUGGAGAAGAUUUGAUGGCGAAGAUUUACUACGAUUACGGAUGCGAUGGUUGACCGUCUUCUUGCUUAAGUUUUUCUUUGAGUUCAAAAAAGAGAACCAUUUGCCUCAACAAACUUGGAUUUCUUGCAACAACAUUAACUCGACGUCAGAAAGUAACAGAUGAAUGCUUGGAUAAAAAGCUUACUUACAGUUGUACGUAUUCAUUGCCUGAGUUCUUUUUAGAGGAUAAGGAGGGAUAUCUUCAGCCAUUUACAUAAAUCACAUACAAGAAGUGCUUGUAAGUUUAGAAGUCUGUAAGAUCUUCUAAAGCAGCUUGAGUUCUUCAGUAGAUGUCGUAGGUCUAGAUGAAAGUACUUAUAUAUUACUACUCAUUGCUUCAGAAGUUUAUGAGGAGAUUCGUCUUGAAGAUGAGAAACAACAUACUUCGACUUACCCAUCAUGAGGUUGAAACUCUCUCGAACCAUGGAAGAAUUGACUUGUGCCUCUCGAACCAUGGACUAACUUCAUGUCAACAGCUCCACCGAGGAGCCGCGCUGAGCAACGACUAAGUGAUGUCGCUGCGACAACUAUCUCUGCG